AAGAGCAACUGUAUGCAAUCUUGGAAUUUAAUGAUGAAAGAGGGAAUGUUCAAAAAAGGCUAGGCUCAGAAUGGGAUGAAAUUAUGAUAGAAGAAAGAGAUAUUAGACGAACGAAUGAAGAAAUAAUAUUAUACAAUGAAGGACCUGUUGCAGAUCUUAUUUUGGCACAAGAGGAAGACAACCGAUCUAUAUCAGAUCUAUUUGAUUAUUACUAUGAAAAAGGAAGCUGCUCUAAUAUUAAAUAUAAUAUAGGGGAAGUAGAAGAUGACCAAAGAAAGCAGUUGUUGGAGUUACUUAGAGAAAAUCCUGAUCUUUGUGCUCAAGAUAUUUCUAAUACUAUUGAAUUUCUUGAUAGGCAAGGAGACCAGGUUCCUAUUAAUUUAGCACCAGAAAUUAAUGAUGAUUUGUUAGAAACUCGUAUGCCUCUUUUUAUUGAAGAUCUUCACCGAAUCGGUGACCCUGCGAAAGAACUCUGUAAGGUUGAAGGUACAAGUUGGAACCAACAGAUGGAUUAUCUUUGUAUUCAGAUCCAACUCUGUCAGUUAGAUCGUGCUAUCCUGCUCCAGCAUUACUAUCAGUUGGGAGAAAGAUUAGCAAUGCAUAAUUGGGACAAAGAAGUUAAAAGAGAAAUGAAGGAUUGA